GAGAGUGACGUUGGAGCAGUACCCAACUUGCCCAGAGCCAUCUGUUGAAGUGAAUUGAUAUAGGCUUUAUAAACAUCAUAACCUGUACGUUGCUGCAUACCCAACUGCAUGUGAUUUGCGAAAAAAGUAAAUUGGAUUUGGUAUUAUGGGGAAGAAAGGCAAAGGAGGAAAUAACGCUUUAGGAAAGUCUUUGAUCAGAGAUCGAUUUGGGAGCAGGAAAAUUAAAAAGAACAAUAAUGAACCGUCUAUGCUCCAUACUUCUGAAAUCAACGACGGUUAUGACUGGGGCCGGCUCAAUUUGCAGUCAGUUACAGAGGAGAGUUCCUUCCAAGAGUUCCUGUCGACUGCCGAACUUGCAGGAACUGAGUUCCAAGCAGAGAAAUUAAAUGUCAAGUUUGUGAAUUUCAAGAAUGGUUUGCCCUCAAAGGCUGAGCAACACAAGAUUCUAGAAUCACAAAAGAAAAACAAAGAUCUGUUGAAGAUACCAAGAAGACCAAAAUGGGACAGCUUCACUACUGCGCAAGAAUUGCUGAGUCGCGAGAAAGACGCGUUCUUAAAGUGGAGACGUUCUUUGGCCGAGUUACAAGAAACCGAAGGAAUAAUAUUGACGCCUUUCGAGAAGAACUUGGAGUUUUGGCGACAAUUGUGGAGGGUUGUAGAGCGUAGCGAUGUUGUUGCACAAAUUGUGGACGCGCGUAAUCCAUUGCUCUUCCGUUGCGAAGAUCUGGAGCGUUACGUGAAGGAAGUCAAUGCUGAAAAAUUAAACAUGAUUCUUAUCAAUAAAGCAGAUUUUCUAACGAAUGAACAGAGGGAGGAAUGGGCAAAGUACUUUACAGAUGUAAAUGUACAAGUAGCCUUCUUUUCAGCGUUAUUAUCGGCAAAAACAAUCAAAGAAGAGAGCGAGAACGAAACGAAUUCAGGGGAUGAAAGCGAGGACGAAGAGGACGAAACUGACAACGAAUCGGUUUACAAUUCGGCACUCGUAUCGGAAUCAGAAUACGAGAGUGCUGAGGAUCCCAGCGAUUCAUUCGCCGCGUCCAACACGGAAACUGAGAAUAAGAAACGAACAGAAGCUUCGGAAGACGCGUUAGAAAGACUGAAAAUCUCCACAACAGGUUCGGAAAAUGAAAAAGUAGGAACUGAGAUAGCAGUUGAUUCCAAGUGCGAGACGGAGAAGAGAAUCGUUAAUUCGUCGGAAUUGUUAGACAGGGACGAUCUUAUUGAAUUAUUAAAGACAAUAUACACCGGUAAAACGUAUAUGGACGGCGGAGUGACGACAAUCGGAUUGGUAGGCUAUCCAAAUGUCGGCAAAAGUUCCACUAUUAACGCACUGUUGAAGGAUAAGAAAGUCUCUGUGUCUGCCACUCCAGGCAAGACUAAGCACUUCCAGACACUGUAUCUGGAUACGGAUUUGUUGCUGUGUGAUUGUCCGGGUUUGGUGAUGCCAAGUUUCGUUUGCACAAAGGCGGAAAUGAUCCUGAACGGCAUACUUCCGAUUGAUCAGAUGAGAGACCACGUGCCGCCGGUCAUGUUAUUAACCACUUUGAUACCUAGGCAUAUCCUGGAGGAUCUGUAUGGUCUUAUUUUAACUGUUCCACAGGGAAAAGAAGAUCCCGAUCGUCCGCUAACCGCGGAGGAGCUUUUAAACGCGCAUGGAUAUAAUAGAGGUUUCAUGACGCAAAACGGCCAACCGGACAAUGCCCGUUCAGCCAGAUACGUUCUUAAGGAUUUCGUUAAUGGCAAAUUAUUAUACUGCGUCGCUCCACCGACAGUCGAGCAAGAACGUUUUCACACGUUCCCGCAGUGUCGUCGGGUUUUGUCCGCGAACAGGCACAUACCGCCCAGAGCGGUCAGCGUGAUUAAAGGGAGUGAGAUAACGGAAGAAGAGUUCAACCGUAUGUUCUUCCAGGAUAUAUCGUCUGGUGUACAUGUCAGAGGGGUUCCCGGCAAGCACGCGCCGCAACAUUCGUUGUCUACGGAUGCUAAGUCGAAGAUUGGAUCCACGCAGAGUCUGAUGCUCCAUGAAAAACCAUGGAAGCAAAUAAAUAAACACGCCAACAAGAAAAAGCGCGAAAAAGGACGAAGAUUGUACGCUCAUCUUGACCAACAUUGACUGCCAAACGUGCACGAAAGUAUAAAUUCUCAACGAUUUGCACAUAACCGAAACAUCAUUUCAAUUAGAUUUGCUAUUAUUUUUCACAUACAAUCUGCGAUAUAAUUACGGAUCGUGAGAAGACGGGAUCGUAUUGGCAUCCCGCAAUGCGUAUUAUCUAUUGUAUACAAUACAUGUACAUAUGAAUCUGUGGUUGACUUGUAAAAAAAUGAUUUUAUAUUUUA